CAAGAAAUUUUUUUAAUCGCAGUGGUCGCAAAAUGCUGAGCAAAACCCAAUCUUUUCUCCAUCAGUAGUAGUCAGCAGAGCAGGAGAAGAUGUCUCCUUACGUGUUCGCCGCCGCUGCCGUGCUUAUCGUCUUCCUCUAUGUCGUCAAGAACCGUCGGAGCGGCAAGCUCCCGCCGUCGCCUCCAUCGCUGCCGCUGAUCGGCCACCUCCAUCUCAUCGGCCGCCUCCCGCACCGCUCCUUGCACGAGCUGCACCUUCGCUACGGCGGCGACGGCGGCCUCCUCCUCUUGCAGCUCGGGCGCAGGCGGACCCUGGUCGUGUCCACGGCUGCGGCGGCCGCCGACCUGUUCAAGAACCACGACCUCGCCUUCGCCUCCCGCCCGCGUAGUGCGGCGGGCGACAAGCUGACGUACGGCUGUAGCAACGUGACGUUCGCGCCGUACGGCGAGCACUGGCGCCGGGGAAAGAAGAUCGCCGUGGUCCACCUCCUCUCCCCGCGCCGCGUGGAGUCGUUCGCGCCCGUGCGGGCCGCCGAGGUGGCCGCGCUCGUCGCCCGGAUCCGCCGCGCCGCGGAGGCACGGGAGGCCGUGGAGCUGAGGGAGCUCCUGCACGGCUACGCCAACGCGGUGGUUACCCGCGCGGCGACCGGCGCCGCCGGGGCUACGGCUGAGAGGUUGAAGCAGCUGUUAGGGAACUCUACGGCGCUGGUGGCUGGCUUGCAAGCGGAGGACGUGCUGCCGGACGCGGCGGCGAGGGUGGUGAGAUGGGCGACGGGCCUCGAUAAGAAGCUUGACGAAAUGGCCGAGGCGUGGGACAAGUUCCUGUCAGAGAUAGUGGCCGCGCACAGGGAGAAGGGGCGCGACGGUGCAUGGGAGGAGGAGGAGGACUUCUUGGACGUCUUGCUGCGGUUGAGGGAAGAAGCAGCCGACUGGCUCGAGCUCACCGACGAUCGCAUCAAAAGCAUCGUCGAGGACAUGAUAGCCGCCGCAACUGAGACGUCGACCGUCACGCUGGAAUGGACCAUGGCAGCGCUCGUCGCCAACCCGCGGGUGAUGGCCAAACUGCAAGACGAGAUCGCGCGAGUCGCCAACGCCUAUCAGCCGACCAUCGCGGAGUCGGACCUGAACAGAAUGGAGUACCUCAGGGCGGUGCUGAAAGAGGUGCUCCGGCUCCACACGCCGGCACCGCUCCUCGUCCCGCACGAAUCAACCACGCCCGCGGUCGUGCAGGGCCACGAGAUCCCGGCCAAGACCGCGUUGUUCAUCAACGCAUGGGCGAUCGCGCGGGACCCCGCCGCGUGGGACGCGCCGGAGGAGUUCCGGCCUGAGCGCUUCGUGUCCGGCAGCCCGGCGGUGGACUUCAGGGGGGCCGACUACCAGCUCAUCCCGUUCGGCGCCGGCCGGAGGAUCUGCCCCGGGAUCAACUUCGCGCUGCCUGUCUUGGAGCUCGCGCUCGCCAGCCUCCUGCGCCACUUCGACUGGGAGCUCCCCGCCGGCAUGCGCUCCGCGGACCUUGACAUGGGCGAGGCGCCGGGCCUGACGACGCCGCGGCGUGUUCCCCUUGUCCUAGUCCCCAAGUGCAAAACCCUCGCAUAGACGGGACUGCAUUAGUAGAUAAAAUCAUCGUGCCUCCAUCGGAGCUAUGGUUUUUGUAUGAACAAGGAGGCGUGGAUCAAGCUUCAGAACACGUCGCGUGCAGACUUGCAGACUGAAAAA